AUGGAAUAUGUCCACCAAACAGUCCCACCAAGUUUGUUUCUGUCAUCAAGCUCCUGUGUGAAGCAGUCCAAAAAUCUGGAGGAGACACUAGUACAACUGCAUGAGUUGCAAGAGCCAACCCCUCCACCAAUUGUCUCAAGUGGAAGGGUGGAUAUGGUGGGGUUGAACAUGGAUAUUGUUGCCAAUUCAUGUAAAAGCUUGCUGGAUCUGUUCCUGCAGGAAAGGGAGCCAACCACUCUGGCAGAGGGCAGAAUUGCAGCCAUAAUAGAUCCACAUGACAACUUGAUGAAUUGGUUCCUGAAUGAAUGGGAACUAACUGCUCCCCCAGCAGAUGGUAUGAACAUGGAUCUACUCAAGCAAUUGCUGAAUGCACAGGAACCAUUGGAACCACCAGUCAUGCAUGAGAAAUUAAACAGGAUGGACAGGUCUUCAACACCUGCACAAGACAUUACUAUGCAGGAUAUGAGGGAACCAACACCUCUCCCACUCAUUUCAAAUGUACCCAUCAAAUCUUUUGACUUGGCAGAGGAUGAGGACAAUGAGAUGAGGGAUCUUUUCAAAGAAAUAUGCAAUGGUGAACUUCCAUCCACACAGCAAUCUCUUCAAAUGGAACAAUGGGGAUUGGCACCUGUUCCAUGUUGCAAUCAGAUCCUGCAUGCCUUACAUGCUGCAGUAUCUCACUACCAUGGAAACACCACUCCCAGUGACACGCUGUUCAAUCCCACCCUUGAUAGGCACCUUGUGCAGGCUGUGAAUGCCAUUGUGAGAGAAUUGGGCACAGCUGCAAGGGACCACCAAUCACACCCAUCUCACCAGUCUGUGGUAGAGAUGGGUAUCCUCUACUUGGCAUGCCAGAUCAAGGUGGCCUCUGUACAUCUGAAGCAGACUGCUGAUAUCAUGGGAUGGCCUGCACAUUGUUAUACUCCUCCCUUCCCAGCAUGCUACCAUGCAUACCUCAGACACCAAGAUGAUGAGGAAUACACAGUGGAUUCCCAAAGAUUGCAAGACAAGGGAUUGUUUUCCACAGCCUGGGAUUUUUUUAAGUUGAUGAUGGCCCAGGGCUUAUGGCCAUUGCCUGAGGCACCAAUCACAGACUGCCUCAAUGGCUAUAUUGAGGAGCAGUCAGGGUUGACAAAUUGA